GGCUUGGUCCCUUUCAUUCGCGGACAAGCUGUAGGAGCGGCUGGGGAAGUGGAGUACGGGACAGUCUGUUCGAACAGGUUACGGAGGUUCCAGUGAAAGUGUCUGUAAGCGUCCCUGACCAUGCGUGGCGCCGCUGCCGUGUUGCUGCUCGUGGCCCUGGUGCCUCCCUGCCUCUCCCAGAAACGGGACCCCUUCGCCUGGCUGUACAACCCCCGCGGCCACGGCUUCCUCCAGGCCGACAGCGCCGGAGGGGAGUGUCCCGAGGAGUGCGACUGCCCCCCGACGUUCCCCGUCGCCAUGUACUGCGACGGGCGGGGCCUCACGGCCAUGCCCAGCAUCCCCGCCCGCAUGAAGUACCUGUACCUGCAGAACAACGCCAUCAGAGCCGUGCCCGACUCGGCCAUGGUCAACGCCACCAACCUGGUGUGGCUCCUGAUGCAACACAACCAGCUGGCGUCUGACGCCGUCGGAGAGCAGGCCUUUGCCAAAAUGCAAGGACUGGACCGUCUUUAUUUGCACCACAACAACCUGACCCGAAUCCCUGCCAACCUCCCUGGCUCUCUGCGAGACCUGCGGCUCAACCACAACAAGAUCGAGAAGGUGGUCCCCGCAGAGCUCGACCAAAUGGAAAACCUGACCAUCCUGUAUCUCCAUGACAACGCGGUGACCGACAUGGGCACGUCGUUGAAGGCACUGAAGUCCCUCGUGCUGCUGGACGUCAGCGGGAAUCACCUGAAGACGGUUCCCAAGGCUCUCCCGGGGGAACUCCACCAGCUGUACUUGGAGUCCAACGCCAUCGACACCGUGCCCGAGGACUUCUUGGCUCACGUCCCCCAGCUGCAGUACGUCCGCAUGGCCCACAACCAGCUCACAGACAAGGGCAUCCCGCGCAACACCUUCAACGUGAGCGGCCUGGUGGAGCUCGACCUCAGCUUCAACAAGCUGGAGAGGAUUCCCCUGGUCAGCACCACCUUGGAGCACCUCUAUCUGCAGGCCAAUCAGAUCAAAGAGUUCACCCUCGGGAGCUUCUGCAAUGUUGUGGAUGUGACCAACUUCUCCAAGCUGCAGACGUUGCGUCUGGAUGGGAAUGAGAUCAGCCGGCAGGACAUCCCCACUGAGUCCGCCCUGUGCUUGCGUCGGGCGGCCAACAUCGAAGUCUAACGUGUCUGUCCAACUGUCUGUCUGGACGUCACAUUUAUCACAACAUCAUGAUUUUCUGUGACAUAUGGACAUUGUUGUCAAGAGGCGGAAACGUAAUCUUACUUUAUGUAGAUUAAAAAGUACGCAGGGACUAUUUUGGUUGUCUGAAAUUCAACUUUAUCAUGACAGGAUGUGAGAAAGUUUGAUUUUUUAGUGGACUUUUCGUUUCAUGUGGAGUCGACCAGCCAAAAUGGGACGUAAAUGUGGGUGUCACGGUUUCCAUGUAACCGCCCACGUCCAGCAGCAGGGGGCGGUAGCAUAUGAAUGUGUUGACUCAGUAUUAUCUGUGGCGGCCACUAAUCUAAUUUGAGCGUGUUAUUAUUCCGACUUUGGUUGCCACUUAUCUUACACAUAUUUUGUGAUUAUUCAUGACUGAUGUUUUUCUUCCUUUGCUACGACUUGUCCAGAUCGUUAAAAUAAUCGAAAUUCUGGCCACAUCUUUUUUUGUAAUUAUAAUGCCUUCUUUAAUCAUUAUCAUUCAAUAUAGAUAGUCUGUAUUCUAUAUUAGGCUCUCUGUGUGUCUCUUUCGCUCUGUGAUGACAUAUUUCCAUGCAUGUACUGGAAUUGUGUGGCUGAUGCUUACUUUUCCGCAUCACACCCACUUGACAAUUAUGUCAAUGCACAAAAAACAGUUUUCUAUGUAAGGUGAGUCAGAAAAUGAUAUCUUGGUAAAAAAAAAUAGAAUUUCACAAUCAUUGUACCGCAUUGUUUUGAGAUGACACGGGUAAAUGAGCAGUGGUAAUAAUGUAUUUCAGGCCUAUAAGAUGAUAUCAGUGAGGCAUUUAUUGUUUUACUUCCUCAUUUAUGAUGCAAUCAUGUUGAUGUUUAUAAGGUCAAUGAUGUUGAAAUAAUAACUGAAAUUACCGUUUCUAGUGAGAAAAUAAAGAUCAUUUUUUA